UCGAUCAGACAUAAACAAACUAAACACCGGCUAUUUACCUUCAUUAUAAAACCGAAAAAACACCUUUCUGCAGUGAUAAGAAAAUAUACAGUGGACAUAUCAGUGCUUUGUUACUGCUUAUCUAUUUUUUCAUCGUUCGUCUCUCCGUGUAUCUACCCACUUGGAAUCUGUUUUCAGAACCAAACAAUACUCGCGUCUUGACAGUUUGUUCCCCCUUUGUGCUCCGCUCGUUUUGAAAUCCAGCAGGAUAUGAUGUCCAAACUAUUCGACGAGUCUUCCGGCACUCGAAAUGCAAUCCUGGUUGCAGUCGGAAUCGGGGCAACCACCCUGCUCGGAUAUGCUGCCUACCGCUGUGUGAAAAAGCAUCUGGAUAACAUUCCUCCGAAGGAAUGGCACAGAGUUGGUGAGAUCACCGAUCUCAACAUCUAUCCGAUUAAAUCAUGCGGUGCGAUUCGAGUAAAUCAGAUCGAAAGUUCGCUGAUUGGACCCCGGAUAAAACUGCUUCGGGAUCGGAUCUUCAUGGUGAUUCAAACCGAUGGAUCUUUCAUCACCGGUCGAACCCAUCCGACUCUGGUGUUGGUUCAGCCGCGCUUUGAUGAGAAGUACGAAACGAUGACUCUUUCCGCGCCGGGUAUGAUGGAUAUCAGUGUGGACGUGCAGCGAUUAUUAGCGAUCGAACCGAUUAAAGCCUCCGUCUGGGGACAGACGGUUCCAGCUGUGGACUGCGGCGAAGAGGUUGCUCGGUGGCUUUCCCGAUAUAUUCUGAGUGAGGACUUUGGAUUGCGUCUGGUUUUCUAUCCGUAUAAUUACUCCAGCCGGGAGGUGCGGGAGAAAAAUCGAAUAUUCGUUAAUUUGACCUCGACCGAUUCGGGUGCUCUUCACGAUUCGACUAGUUUCAUGCUUCUGUCGGAGGCGUCUGUGGCGGAUGUGAAUUCAAGGUUGGAGAAACCGGUGACGGCUUUGCAAUACCGGCCAAACUUUGUUGUGAAAGGACCGGCCGCAUACGAGGAGGACAAUUGGAAGUGGAUUAAGAUAGGCGAAACGAUCUAUCGGAAUCUGAAGCCGUGCACGAGGUGCAUCUUCAUCAACGUGGAUCCGGAAACUGGAAUACCCAGCACAAACUCGGAACCUCUGAAAACACUCAAAACGUACCGUCGACAACCGGGUCUUGGCGAUAAUCCAGUUCUUGGCAUGCAGAUGGGUGUCAAAAAGGAGGGAACUGUCCGCAUUGGCGAAAUCGUCUAUGUUGGAUGCUAGCAGUAUAUUGUGGUGCGAACUAGACCACCAAGCAUUCACUUUUUUGGAUUGGCUUACAUAGUUGUAGAUAAGCGGGAUCACGGUUGAAAUGAUUUAUGUUUCAUAUCAUAUCUACUAAGCUAAGAUGCAACCAAUCAUAUUCAGAAAAAUGCUCAAGUUGUAUGUUUCAGCUGUAAGUGUUGUUUUGAAAUGAUGUAUUAUCAUAUACUAUCCCCGGUUAUUUUGUAGAAAAUCUUAUUAGAGCUUUUUGGUCAGCCAUUUA